AUGGCCCCGACACCAGCUUUGAUCGUCUGCAUGGGCACAAGUGGAUGCGGGUGAGUGUAUCAGUUUUGACUCCCGACAUAUCCCUUCCUAGUUUGCCACGUCCUAACUGACACGUUGAUCCGCCUCCGUUUGCUCCGUCCGACCCACUCUCGGUCACACGCCACGGACUUGCAGCAAAUCGAGCAUAGGUCUCGCCGUCGCGCGGGCACUCGGACUGGCUUUUGUAGAUGGAGAUGAUCUGCACCCGGCUUCCAACGUCGUCAAGAUGUCUGAAGGCCACCCGCUCACCGACGAGGUCCGUUCUCUCGCCCCCCCCCGUCUUGCCAUUCGCAACCCACCCGCCGCCUUCAUUCCCAAGAUCCGACCAGGAGCUGACAUGCUGUGAUUGAGGAUACAGGACCGGAUACCUUGGCUGCUACGAAUCCGGGCGACAGUAUCCCACCUCACAUCAGAAGAAGGCGUACAAGCCCUCGCCCACCCCGUCCCAGCCGAAGCGGACCACAUCCACCCUUCGGACGAGCUCACCUCGGCCCUUGCGCACGUGCACCCGCAGACAAUACAUCUUGGCGAGGAGAUGAUCAAGCGAGAACGCAAGGCCGUCGUGGUCGGAUGCUCGGCGCUCAAGAGAGGGUAUAGGGAGUUGUUGAGUGGGAGGAAGGUCCAGCUCGGUGAAGACUCGAUCAUCGAACCCGAGAUCGAGGCGGACAAGCUCGAGACCUACUUUAUCUACCGUGAGUGGAUUCACACAAGGCUUAUGAGUAUAUCUCACUGACGUUGACUCGACGAACAGUUCACGGUACUCGACCCUUGCUGCUGCACCGCUUGACGUCGCGACCGGGCCAUUUUUUCAAAGCGCCGAUGCUGGACUCGCAACUCGCGACGCUCGAGAUCCCGACCGAAGAUGAAAUCAAUGUCAAGAGGAUCAACCUUGGGCAGGGGCCGGAGCAAGCCGAGGAGGUGGGGAUAGAAGGCAUCUCGCAGGCGGCGAUCGAGGUCGCUACUGAGUGGGUGGGGCCGAGGGCGCAGUGA